AUGACCCGGAAGAGUCAGAAAACAGGUUUUUGUCUGCGGAUAUUCACACCUGCAGACGGACUGAGCACCCCGAGGGGGAAGGGGUGCACCCAGGCACCCUCGCAGCGCAGCGCCGCCGCCUCACCCCGGCCUCGCCGCAAUUACCCGGGCGCCCCACCUGCUCCGCAGCUCCGUCCCGCCCCGGCCGGCCGGCGCGGCCACACCCUCUCGCCGCUGGGGCCCCGCCCCGCAGCACGCGCCGCCGGCCGGCGCCCCGCCCCGCCCGUCACCGCCCAGCCCUGCCCCGCGACGCGGCUGCAGUUUUCAAACCUCAACUGUAAGCUCCGGUUGCCGUCCGCGCUGCCGUCGCCGAGAGCCACCUCCCAGGGGGUCAGGUCGCCCCUGUUGGCCGUUGUCCGGAAGAGUAAAAGUGGGUCCUGCCACGCCCGGAGCUCCCCGGCGCCUCCCCGGGCCGGAGCUGGAGAACGCGUCCCGGGGCGGCAGCGGCGUGGGGCGGGACGGGAGCCCCCUGGAGGGGCAGCCCCGAGGGAGCCUGCUGCGGCCCGAGCGGUCAGUGUCUGCCGCCGCGCGUCCGCGGGCCUGCCGCGGCUGGCGGGUGGGCUCGGGCUGCGACUCCGAACCCCUGAGCCAGCCCCCUUUCCCCUGGGUGCAGAGACCCCCGAAUGUGGGAGGGGUCCCGAGGAGGGAUCAGGCGGGGUGGGCGGAUCCAGGGUCCCCUGGGACCCCCGGGCUGGCGGAGAUGGGCUCGGACUCUGCCGCCCCUCGAAUGGCCGAAUGCUCCGGCCCCCUAGCCGCAUUGCGGCUGGAGUCCUGCUCCCCUGGUUUCCUCGGGUUCAGCGCGGGGGGCGGCCGGUGGUCCUCCCGACACCCCUCUCCGCCCGGAGAGCGUGUCUGUGUGUCAGUGAGUGUCUGUGUGUCUGCGCGCUGUCGCCCGGCCGGCCCGGGCUCUCCCCGGCUCGCGUCCCGCCGGGCCCCCCUCGCGACCGGCUCCCUCGCGUCCCUUGCACGUCGCGUCGACGUGGUCGGUCGUGUCCCUCCCGAGUUCACAGCUGUGGUGUGGGCACAGGUCGUGUACACAUCUGGACUCGUGGACGCGUCCUGCUCACUCUGCUGCUUGGCUCUGAAGUUUGUGCUCAUCCUCUGGGGCAUUUUCAGUUGCUGCUCGUGAACAGUUUUUCAAUGUUUGCAUCUGUGGUACCAGUGAUGUGCUGAACCUCGCGGUGAUGUUUGCCGUGGUGUGGCCCCUUUAAGUCCUCAAGUCUUGGAGAAUGUGCGCCGAGACAGCGUGGUCUACAG